AUGAUUGCAAAUCUUGCUUCUUUGCUGUUGGUCAGCAGUCUCGGCCUGGUAGAUGCAUUCUCCAUGCCGGAGGCGGCAUCUUCCUUCACCUCUCUACUUGCAUCUUCCCUCAACAAUGCUAUACCCAACACACUUGUUGCCCGUAAGGGUGGCUCAGGUGGCUGUCCAGCAAUCUGGACUACCAUCUCUUCUGAUCUUACUGCGUCUUUCCUGGGCUCUGAUGGCCAAUGCACUGACCUUGCGAGAGCUGCUAUCAGAUUUGCAUUCCACGAUGCUGGUGGUGCAGAUGGUUCUCUUCUCCUCAACUCCGACGAGAUCAACAGACCCGAGAACGGAGGUUUAGGUGACUACCAACAAUGGUUGAUGACAAAGUACAAUUCCUACAACCAAAAGGCACCCGUUGGUGCCGCAGAUCUCAUUCAAUUUGCCGGUGCUCACGCCGUUAUCACGUGCCCCGGCGNNGGCUCUCAGAUCAAGACCGUCGUUGGUAGAACAGACGAUUCCCGGGAAGCUCCUGAUGGCUUCCUCCCGGCUGGAUUUGGUCCCAACUCGUCCCACGAUGUCCUGUACCAACUUUUCCUCGACAAGGGCUUCAGUGCUAGGGAUCUAGCAGCUUUGAUAGGUGCACACUCCACCAGCAAAGCAUUCACUCAACAAGCCAAUGGAAUUCCUUACGGUGGCCAGCAAGACUCAACACCUGCUGGUGUAUACCGCUUCCAGGCCGACAUCAACCUUUCCAACGCAUCAACAACUGUUGGCAAGCAAUUCCAGGGCUUCGUCGGUAACCAGGGCAAGUGGACAAGCUCUUUCGCUGAUGCCAUGGCCCGCUUGAGUGUGUUGGGCAUUCCUGCUUCGGUGCAAGCCAACUUCAUUGACUGCACAAACGCACUGCCCAGGGGCACGUCUGNNCGAAGAGAUAUUCGUGCGGCGCCCAUCAAUGAUCGUGCGCGAUGA